AUGGCAAACCUUGAAGGCUUUGUUGAGAAAGGGGGCAUAAAAUUGCCGAUUGGGUUCCGGUUUUGUCCAACUGAUGAGGAGCUUCUCUUUUACUACCUCAAGAAGAAGGUUUUUGCUCAGCAAUUGCCUGCUUCAGUCGUUUCAGAGUGUGAUGUGUUUCAGACUCAGCCAUGGCGGCUUCCAGGUGAUUUGAGGGAAAAGAGGUACUUUUUUAGCAAUUGUGGAAUCAUGAACAAGGGAGAUACUGGCUCUGGUUGUUGGAAAUGUGUUGGAAAAGAAAAACAAAUAAUGCUUUGUGAAAGUAACAAAGUGAUUGGAAUGAAGAAAACACUGGUUUUUUGCAAAGGGUCCCAUCACACGAGAACUCGUUGGGUCAUGCACCAAUUGCGUCUUGUAACUCACUACCCACGCCAGAUGCCAGUGUCAGAUUUUGCUGUAUAUGUGAUAUUUCAGAAAAAGAAGACAAAAACAUCUCAUGAGAAACCCUCCAGGAGCAGCAAAGUUGAUGAUGUCAAAGCUACUAUCAUGGAUUUUACAGUGGAAUUUGGUGAUGAUAACAUAGGGUUUCCCCCUCCUUCUUCCCCAUGCUUAAGUGAAGAUUGUAGUGAAUCUCUCACAAGUUAA